AUGCUAGAUGCUCAAAUCAGUGCCUCGCGUCGUGGGUUUCAGAACACGAUGAGCCGUUUGUUUCGAAAACCUAGAGAACAAAUAGCAGCUAGCAGUGACAAUCUGGCACUUGUUGGAGGAGGUGAAGUUGCUAGUACAACUAGUAGUGUCAAACAAGUGACGUUCAACACCGGACCUGGUAGUGGAGGAGGUGGGAAAAUCCAU